UAAAGUUGUACUUUUAUUUUCAAUGCUACACAGGAUACUUGUAGCAUUUGUACAUGUGCGGGUCCACAUAGACUGAGUUGUUUCCUGAUUUGAGCUGAUUUGGUGCAGCAAGGGACACAAGUUAUCCCAGUGGGCACUUGCACUGAAAAUACCUUUACAAUGCCCGCCACCUCAUCUGUCACAAGUCAGGGUGGAACGACCGUAGCACACAAAGCGGUGUGAACAUGGCACAAUAAUGCAUUGUGUAGACAGUGUUGCAUGGAUUAUUUAUUACCGCUAUAUCAACUUGCAGAAUGCUUCGCCAGGGUUCAAGCAGAAUUUGCACUGACAAGUGUUUUACGUGUGGGCUGGCAGGCCUCCGCCUAAGGGGCGUUCAAAAAGACGGCUGUAUUCCUGGCAAAUGCGAAUGAUGGAGUUAGAACUGGACUUCUUGGAUUUAGACCAACUGGACUUCAGUCUCGACCCUCAGGUUCCGUUUUAUCCUGUGGGUUUAGAAGAAUACAAGCUGGAUAAUAUCAAUCUGGCUAGCCCCGGGACUUAUUAUAAAGAUGUGCCUCCGGAACAUAACCCGGAGGCAAUUUUGGAUAUUUUGGUCCGGGCACAGCACAACAACAGCCACGGGGCGUCCCCAUGCAGCGACGGGUCAGUGCCUUGUGAGGAAGAGGUUGAAAAUUUAAAGAUCGACAACACUAUUGCCGAGUGUUUUGUGAGUGACAAAGCAGAUUCUGAGUCUAAGCAACGCCCUGUCCACAAAUCGGUAAAGGAAAAGGGAAUUGCAUCAGCGGCUCCAUUAAAAACAGAAACUAUCUCUCACACUACGCCAACUAAACAGAAAACAGCAACAACCCCUAAAGACAAGAAAUCACAAGGAUUCGGUGUACGUUUUUCUAACGCAGAAAAGCAAAGUAAUUCAACGGCAAAUAGAAAUAACUCAAAAAUCGAACAGAAUAGCAACGCUACAGGCAAGCAGGUAGCAGACACUACGUUGCUUGCGGAACACUCUGCAACUGCAAAACCCAAAGGUACUUUGGGAACGUUGAAGAAGUUGCGAUCUCUCUUUCCGGAACGAAAAUCCGAAACAAAAGAACAAACGGAUACGAAUAAGGAAAAGAACCAAAAAUGGCAGCAGCACACGAAUAAAAGAAAUGAAUUGAACGCAAUGGGCAACAAGAUCCAUUCAUUUUCUAAUGCUAAUGACGUCACGGCACCCCAACUCAAUGAACCGACAUGUUAUUAUAAUCCAUUAUCAGUUUUAACGUUACCACAUAAUAAUAAUCAAUCUAACCGUCACCCAAAGGGGGGUCGAAACGGGUUUCACGAAAACAGGCAUCUUUAUUCUACCAGCACCGAUGAAGAAUCCACCACUCUGUCCGCGGCUAACUCUGACACUUCAGAGAAUAGGACAUAUGGCAGUGUGUCUGACGUCACAGAUAUUACUGACGUCACGCCAAUGACAUCAUUGGUGUCCUCUCGGAAACAUAGCUUGCAGAAUGAAUCUUUUUUCCAACGUUCAAAUGAAACGCCCACUGCAUACGUUUUAGAGUCAGACGACGAAGUUUCAGAUACGUCAUCUGUUUUAAGUGACCUGUCACCUGGAUAUUCUACGGGACCUGAUGACGUCACAGAUAACAAAGAUGAACAGAAACUUACGGAAGGACAAAGCAGCAAAUACACGAAUCUCCUUUACUUUACUGCAAGAAAUGGGGACUCAAAAAGCUUAGGUUCACUACUAUCUUCGGAGGACGUGGACUGUUUACAUGACGUAGAUGGCAAUACAUUAGCCCAUUAUGCAGCGUCUGGCGGGAACACUGACUGCCUCCGUUAUUUAGUCGCCAGAUCAAACAAUGUGCUUAGCAUAUUAAACAAAAAUGGCUUGACUCCAAUCAUGCUGGCAAUACAGGACGGGAAACUGAGUUGUCUGGAGUGGUAUCUGAACUCUCAAUACAGCACUGAAGAAAAUAUUAAUUUAGUUCUUUAUGCGGCUGAUGUAGGUCAGGGCGACUGUCUGAGGGCAGUAUUGAGGAAGUUUCCAGCGAGUGUGUCCUACGCUGACAGUGAAGGUAACACGGCCUUGCAUGCUGCCGCAUCAAAGGGACAGAUGGCAUGUCUGCAGGCAUUGGUGGACCAUCGUGCUGAUGUGACAGCUCGUAAUCACGAUAAAGUGACCCCCCUGGAUUGCGCCAGGCAAACCAACCAUGAAGAGUGCGUAGAAUACCUUCGACUUGUAGAAACCAACGCUGAACUACGCACUGAGGUCAACCAUCUGUCGCAAGAAGGGGUAAAGUUGAGAUCAGAGCUGGAGGCAAAACAAGACCAAAAGCAAAUGGUGAUAUCCCAGAGAGACACCCUCCAAGCCGAGUUAAUGAAGGCCAAUGAUUUGAACACCAGGUGGCACACAGUAGCACAGCACGUGACCUCUCUCCUGAAGACACUGUCACAACAGCUGGAGGACAUUUUUAGCGAAAACUCCACCUUGAGAGAAAAGUUGAACGGCGGAGUGAAAAACAGUUUUAUUGAGGAGCAGGUGGAAGAUUCUCUGGAACGUAUAAUUAUGACGACAGAGGAAAUUGAAGAAUUACUAGAGGAAAACAAAGGAAAUCCGGCAGAGUCUAAUGAUGGAGAAACGACUCCGGAUAAACUGUCUUUAAGGCGGAAUGAGACUCAAAAACCAGCCAUUACAUCCAACGUCGCUGCUCCUCGUACACCUGCAGCACAGAGCAUCGAUGGUAGUGACAAACGGUUGUCUGCUACAGCUGUUUCUUCUGGUUGUGUCAAACCCACAAACUUAGAUGAGAAUCCGAAUCGUGCUCAUACAGUCUCCUCUCCUACAACGAAAGCUUGGCCGUCAGUCGUGGAUUCAUGCUGCCAUAAAAGACAGUGUCAUCCAGGAGAAACACUGCGUGCUUCAUACGAAACAAUAUAUUCUACUCGACCAAGGCAAUUACCAAACUCGGCCCAAAGUGGUGCUUCGGCAUUGGUCUCGCUGCACGCCCGUGGACUGACGUCUAGCAAUGAUUCUAUUGCAUCUAGCACCAAAGGGCAAUGUAUGUUUGAGAACACAAUGAAAGCAUUUGAUCAGGUUCUAUGUAGUUCUCUUGAGAGUUUUGCGACGCUUGAUGGGAUGGAGAAACCUCCUAUUGGAAGGCUAGGCCCUAGUCCGCUGGCACUUCCAAAAGCAUCAACACCGAGCCCUACAAUGGCACGAAAAUCUCCAGAUAGCUCGUUUGCUAACUCGACGAUGGAAUCUAGUAGAUCGACUGUAUCUGAGCUGGCAAAUGAAUCUUCUCAGCUUGGAGAUGACAGAAAGUUUAAUGAAGUUCUAGGAGAUGAAAAAGUGAUGGAAUCUUCAACCGUUGGUGUAAGUUCCAAUGUCCAGAAAGAAAUCAAAAGUGUAAGUGCAAAUAACCACCAUGCUAACCACACUGUUCAAAAAAUACCUCAGACACAGGAUAAUUCGACAGGGAGUCUGUACAAGCUGUAUGAAGAGAACUUACUCUAUGAAUCUGAUGAAGGUCAAUGGGACGAACAGAGCUCCUUUAACUUGGAAUUGGGACCUGUUGUGUACGAGGAAAGUGCGAUUGAUGUGGUUCUCCAACACAUUCCCACCUACUGCAAUCGAACCAAUGAUUAUGUGGAAAGUGUUGCAUCCGUUCAAGGAGGCCCGAAAGAUAUGAACAGCAAACAAUCGUACACAAACGACCAUAAAGUACACGUGAUCCAUGAACAUGGCCCUGAAAACAAUUCCAAUACUCAGACAUCUCCGGAAGGUAACCUUGUCCAUGUUGAAGAUAUUCAAAUACACCUGCCAAAUAAUCAGCUAGCCGUUCAUCAAAGAUACGACAGAACAAUCAGUGGCAAUAGACUGCUUAAAGUAGUUGUCGAUGAAGAUAAUAACAGAGCGAAAGCAAUUGGUUCUCUAGAGGAUGUGCGUGUCGUCACCCCUAAGACAAUUAGCAGCGAAUCUCUAAGCGCUUCCAAAUCAGAUCUCGUCUACUUACAUAAGCUGGAAGGGAGAGGAAAACGUAAAACUGUUAAAAACCCAUGCGCGAUGGCCGAGACAGAUCCUUAUGAAAAAUACGCAUACACUGCCAACAUGAAUAAUUCUGUGCAUUGUAAUAACAACAAGAAAAGAAAUUCGAAAAUUUUCAAUUUCAUAAGACCAAGAGACGACGACAAAAGGAAUUCCUUUAUUAAAUCCGUGGAAUUCUCGCCAGAAGAGUUCUUUGAAAGCUAUGCUCGUUUUCCGGAUAAAUCGUUGAAAGCAUCGAAUUGCAAUGAUGUUGAACAUAAGAUUAGAAAUGCCGAUAAAACUAAUGGAAACCAUACCCAGCAUAGCUCAAUGAGCAUGCAGCAUGAAAUGGACCAGGGUCAAGAAGCCCCUUGUGACAGGGCAAAAGUAUAUGUAUACCGUGGUCAAUCGGGGACAACUUCAAGCUGCGAUAGUGAAAGUGAAACCGAGUUAAGACCCAAGCUCGACUUGUCUCACCUCUACUGUGCUGCAGAGUUAGCUUCCAGAAAUUCAAAAGAAAGCAGCGGGACACUGUCUGCAGCAAGUGCAGAUGAAGAUGAGGGGAGAUUUUCAAAGGACGUGACAGGGCACCGACCGUCUGACAAGAAUAGCUGGAACACUUGGUGCGACUUGUCCUCAGAAGACAGCAGCUUCAACAAAUGCAAAAAUCAGUGGUCUAAUCAUAUUGAAGGUUUUGUCAUAUAGACAUUAACCACCGAGAGGAGCCGAACUUUAGAAGGAGGUCGAUAUUAGCUUACGUGUGCCCCGCAAUCACCAUGUGCACAGGUGUUUCUCGUGACAAAGGAAACCGCAGUCUAAACAGAGGCAGUCUAUUACAAAUCCCCCAGGGCGAAAAAUAAUUCCCCAAUACGUCCGUUUUAAAUGAAGACAUUGGAAAUAUCUGAGUCAGCUGAAUAUUGAUGUGCAGUAUCUCCGUCCUACUGAUUGGUAAAGAAAGAAAUCCACGGGCACACAAUAAAAUUUAUUUAUUUAUA